CUCAGAUAAACUUAUGAUAGGUCGGUUACCUUCAGACUAUUGGAUUAUUAUGUAUGCAGGACCUAUCUGUUUAGAUUUCAUAUUCAUAGCUGAACUGUUCAAGGACAAAUCCAGUCUAGUGUCCAGUUUAGUUAGGUUUCUCUAGACAUGAAAGUAGAAAGUAUAGUGGAGUUUGUGUUGUUCAGAUUCCGAUGGAUUUUUGUGUGUUUAUUUCUACUACCAUGUACAAUCACGUAUGAUUUCUUAGUAUUAGUGAAAAAAUUAAUCAGUUCAUUCUCAACUAAAGAGGUAAAAGAGAGUCAUUUCGAGAGAGCAAAAUUUGUGCAGGAUCAGGUGAAACAAUGGCACCAAGGAGAUCAGUCAACUCCAAUGUGCACAGGCAGGCCCGGCUGGAAAGCUAUGACUUUACGAGAACCAAAAUACAAGCAAUGGAUGUACAAUAUUCAAGUGGACUUGGAUGAAAUUGUGGAAAUUGAUAUUGACAGACAGGUGAUGAUCGUAGAACCGCUGGUGACAAUGGGUCAGAUAUCUGCAAGGCUCAUUCCACUUGGAUGGACUCUUCCUUUGGUUGUGGAAUUGGACGAUUUAACUGUCGGUGGUUUGAUUAUGGGCCAGGGAAUCGAGUCGUCUUCUCACGCAGUGGGAUUGUUCCAACACAUUUGCCUCAUGUACGAGAUAGUCCUGGCAGAUGGAAGUAUGGUUAGAUGCUCAAAAGAUGAAGACCCAGAUUUGUUUUAUGCCAUACCUUGGUCAUAUGGGACACUGGGAUUCCUAACUGCUGUGGAACUUCGGAUCACACCAGCAAAAAGGUUUGUGAAGUUGAAGUAUGAGCCUUUCUACUCACUUGAUGAGGGAGUUGCAAUGUGUGAAGCUCGAUCAAAAGACAAAAAUAAGAAUCAGUUUGUGGAAGGAAUCAUGUUCGACAAGAAUCAAGGAGUAAUAAUGACUGGGUCUAUGGUUGAUGACGGAACUAAUGUGAACGUGAUUGGAAGGUGGUACAAACCAUGGUUUUAUGAACACGUACGAAGCUUUCUAACAAGAGGCGAGAUGGAAGAAUGUAUCCCAUUGAGGGAUUACUACCAUCGACACACCAAAGCACUAUUCUGGGAGUUGCAGGAUAUAGUUCCAUUUGGCAACAACCUGUUCUUCAGAUGGAUUCUUGGAUGGGCAAUGCCUCCGAAAAUAUCAUUCUUGAAGCGAACACAAACUAAGGUGAUAAAGGAUUUGUACGACAAGCACCACGUGGUUCAAGACCUUAUCAUCCCUAUACAGCUUUUGAAAAAGUCUCUGCUUUUCUUCGACAAAGAAAUCAACGUUUACCCAAUCUGGUUGUGCCCUGCUCUGCUACCUAAUGACCCUGGAUUAGUACACUCUUACUCCGACACACCACAGCUGUACGUGGACAUCGGGCUGUACGGAACGCCCAACGCACCACAUUACGAAUGUGUCCAGUCUACCAGGGCAAUAGAACAUUUCACCAUUCAAAACAAAGGGUAUCAGAUGAUGUAUGCUGGAACAUUCUGCGAUGAAGAAGAAUUUUCCAAAAUGUUUGAUUUGAGCCUAUACAACAGGGUUCGUGAAAGAUUGAAAUGUGACAAGGCUUUUCCACAUAUCUUUGGGAAGAUAAAUAGAAAAGUACGAGACUAAAACCCAAUGUUUGUAUCCAAAAAGCUAUUAAAUACAUUUUUUAAAA